AUGGCUGGGAAAACCGUGAUUUCCGACGACGAAGAUGAGGUCGAAGUGUACGAAGAAGAGAGAGAUAAUGAACCUAAUAGAGACCGACUGGAUGGCCGUGAUGACGAUGAUGAGGAAGAUGAAGAAGAUGAAGAAGGGCAGGAUGAAUAUGAGAAGGAUGGGUUUAUAGUGGAUGAUGUCGAGGAAGAAGGGGAAGAGGAGGAAGAAGAUAGAGCUGAUAGUGGCGAGGAAAAGCAGAAGAAGAAGAAAAGAAAGAAAAGGGAGUCAGAAUAUGUGCUUGAUGAGGAUGACUAUGAGCUUCUUCAGGAAAGCAAUAUCUCUGUUCCUCGUCCAAAACUUGAGAGCAAGAAUGGAAAGGGAGGGCGUUCAGCAGAGGAGAAGCUUAAACGCAGCUUGUUUGGUGAUGAUGAGGAACAACCACUUGAGGAUAUUGCUGAGGAUGAACAGCUUGAAGAAGAGGAUGCAGACAUUGGGGAAGAGGAUGAGAUGGCUGAUUUCAUUGUUGACGAAGAAGAAGUUGAUGAGCAUGGAGCUCCAGUCAGAAGGAAGAAGCCCAAAAAGAUUAGGAAAACCCCUGGGAUCUCAUCAUCGGCUCUCCAGGAAGCGCAUGACAUAUUUGGUGAUGCUGAUGAAAUUCUGACUCGUCGCCAGAGAAGUUUAGCAAUGAGGGGAAGGCAAGAAGAAUCUGGUGGAGGGAGGCUUGAAGAUGAAUUUGAACCUGUUAUUCUUUCUGAGAAGUACAUGACUGAAAAGGAUGACCUGAUUAGGGAAAUAGAUAUCCCUGAAAGAAUGCAGGUUUCUGAGGAAAGUACUGGUCCUCCAUCGACAGAUGAGUUGAGUAUAGCAGAAGAGAGAGACUGGAUAUAUAGUCAGCUCGUCUCUGGUGCUGUGCCUCUGUUUAACAAGAGAGGCACAACAACUGAGGAGCUGAAUGAACUAUCAGUAAUCAAGGAUGACAUUGCAAGAUUUCUGGAAUUAAUGCAUGUACAGAAGUUAGAUGUUCCAUUUAUUGCUAUGUACCGGAAGGAGGAGAUUUUGAGCCUAUUGAAGGAUCCAGAUCAACCAUCUGACAUUGAGAGCUUAGAUGAUCCUAACCAAAAACCUAGACUAAGGUGGCAUAAGGUUCUUUGGACAAUCCUGGACUUGGAUAAAAAGUGGCUUCUUCUUCAGAAAAGGAAGAGUGCCCUUGAGACAUACUACAACAAGCGCUUUGAUGAAGAGUCACGAAGAGUUUAUGAUGAGACACGACUUAAUUUGAACAGGCAGCUUUUUGAUUCAAUUACAAAGUCGCUAAAGGCAGCUGAUUCAGAAAGAGAGGUUGACGAUGUUGAUUCAAAAUUUAAUUUGCACUUCCCUGCGGGUGAGGCUGGUGCCGAUGAAGGACAAUUCAAGAGGCCAAAGAGGAAAUCACAGUAUAGCAUUUGCAGUAAGGCUGGCUUAUGGGAGGUUGCGAGCAAGUUUGGCUAUAGCUCUGAGCAGUUUGGUUUGCAGAUAUCUCUGGAAAAAAUGAGAAUGGAUGAAUUGGAGGAUGCAAAGGAAACGCCAGAAGAAAUGGCUUCCAGUUUCACCUGUGCGAUGUUUGAGACUCCCCAGACUGUGCUCAGAGGUGCUAGGCACAUGGCUGCUGUUGAGAUUAGCUGUGAACCAUGUGUACGUAAACAUGUUCGUAGUAUCUUUAUGGAUAAUGCUGUGGUGUCAACAAGCCCUACACCUGAUGGAAAUGUGGCAAUUGAUUCUUUCCACCAGUUUGCAGAAGUUAAGUGGUUGCGGGACAAGCCGCUUUCACGAUUUGAGGAUGCACAGUGGCUUCUAAUUCAAAAGGCUGAAGAGGAGAAGCUCCUGAAAGUUACCAUCAAGCUACCGGAACCAAUACUUGAUAAGUUAAUAAGUGACUCUAAUGAUUAUUAUCUGAGUGAUGGCGUGAGUAAAUCUGCUCAACUGUGGAAUGAGCAGAGGAAACUGAUCCUUAAAGACGCAUUUUCUAAUUUUCUUCUACCUUCAAUGGAGAAGGAAGCAAGAUCCCUGUUGACUAGUAGAGCAAAAAACUGGUUGCUCUGGGAUUAUGGAAAGCUUUUGUGGGACAAAGUUUCUUUGUCACCGUAUCAACGAAAAGAAAAUGAUGCUAAUUCUGAUGAGGAAGCUGCACCCAGGGUUAUGGCUUGUUGUUGGGGCCCUGGAAAGCCAGCAACAACUUUUGUGAUGUUGGAUUCAUCUGGAGAAGUUUUGGAUGUUCUGUAUGCCGGAUCGCUGAGCCUUCGUGGUCAAAAUUUUACGGAAAUGGCUGGAAAAACGGUGAUCUCCGACGACGAAGAUGAGGUUGAAGUGUACGAAGAAGAGAGAGACAAUGAACCUGAUGGAGAACGAGUCCAUGGCCGCGAUGACGAUGAUGAGGAAGAUGAAGAAGAAGAAGAAGGGCAGGAUGAAUAUGAGAAAGAUGGGUUUAUAGUGGAUGAUGUCGAGGACGAAGAGGAAGAGGAGGAAGAAGAUAGAGCUGACAGUGGCGAGGAGAGGCAGAAGAAGAAGAAAAGGAAGAAAAGAGAGUCCGAGUAUAUGCUUGAUGAGGAUGACUACGAGCUUCUUCAAGAAAGCAAUAUCUCUGUUCCUCGACCAAAACUUGAGAGCAAGAAGUUUAAGCGACUGAAAAAAGCUCGGAGGGAUACAGAGGAAGACACCUCUGGGUUUUCUGAUGAAGAGGAGCUUGUUGGAAGUGGAAAGGGAGGGCAUUCAGCAGAGGAGAAGCUUAAACGCAGCUUGUUUGGUGAUGAUGACGGACAACCACUCGAGGAUAUUGCUGAGGAGGAUGAACAGCUUGAAGAAGAGGAUGCAGACAUUGGGGAAGAGGAUGAAAUGGCCGAUUUCAUUGUUGAUGAAGAAGAAGUCGAUGAACAUGGAGUUCCAGUCAGAAGGAAGAAGCCCAAAAAGACUAGGAAAACCCCUGGGAUCUCAUCAUCAGCUCUACAGGAAGCGCAUGACAUAUUUGGUGAUGUCGAUGACCUUCUGAAGCUUCGCAAGAGGAGUUUAGCAAUGAGGGGAAGGCAUGAAGAAUCUGGUGAAUGGAAGGAAAGGAGGCUUGAAGAUGAAUUUGAACCUGUUAUUCUCUCUGAGAAGUAUAUGACUGAAAAGGAUGACCGGAUUCGGGAAAUAGACAUCCCCGAAAGAAUGCAGAUUUCCGAGGAAAGUACUGGUCCUCCACCUACAGACGAGUUGAGUAUAGCAGAGGAGAGAGACUGGAUAUAUGGUCAGCUCAUCUACGGUGCUGUGCCUCUGUUUAACAAGAGAGGCACAACAACCGAGGAGCUCAAUGAACUAUCAGUAAUCAAGGAUGACAUUGCGAGAUUUCUGGAAUUAAUGCAUGUACAGAAGUUGGAUGUCCCCUUUAUUGCUAUGUACCGGAAGGAGGAGAUUUUGAGCCUAUUGAAGGAUCCAGAUCAGCCGGAAACGGACAUGGAGAGCCUAAAUGAUCCUAACCAAAAACCUAGACUAAGGUGGCACAAGGUUCUUUGGACGAUCCUGGACUUGGAUAAAAAGUGGCUUCUUCUUCAGAAACGGAAGAGUGCCCUUGAGACAUACUACAACAAGCGCUUUGAAGAAGAGUCACGCAGAGUAUAUGAUGAGACACGACUCAAUUUGAACAGGCAGCUUUUUGAGUCAAUUACGAAGUCACUUAAGGCAGCUGAUUCAGAAAGAGAGGUUGAUGAUGUUGAUUCAAAAUUUAACUUGCACUUCCCCGCUGGUGAGUCUGGUGCAGAUGAAGGGCAGUUCAAGAGGCCAAAGAGGAAAUCACAGUAUAGCAUUUGCAGUAAGGCUGGCUUAUGGGAAGUUGCGAACAAGUUUGGAUAUAGCUCUGAGCAGUUCGGGUUGCAGAUAUCUCUGGAAAAAAUGAGGAUGGACGAAUUGGAGGAUGCUAAGGAAACACCAGAAGAAAUGGCUUCCAAUUUCACUUGUGCGAUGUUUGAGACUCCCCAGGUUGUGCUUAGAGGUGCUAGACACAUGGCUGCUGUUGAGAUUAGCUGUGAACCAUGUGUACGCAAACAUAUUCGUAGUAUCUUUAUGGAAAAUGCCGUCGUGUCAACAAGCCCUACACCUGAUGGAAAUGUUGCUAUCGAUUCUUUCCACCAGUUUGCUGGAGUGAAAUGGUUGCGGGACAAGCCGCUUACAAGAUUUGAGGAUGCACAGUGGCUUCUAAUUCAAAAGGCUGAACAGGAGAAGCUCCUGAAAGUUACCAUUAAUUUACCGGAACCAAUCCUUGAUAAGUUAAUAAGUGACUCUAACGAUUAUUAUCUGAGUGAUGGUGUGAGUAAAUCUGCUCAACUGUGGAAUGAGCAGAGGAAACUGAUCCUUCAAGAUGCAUUUUCUAAUUUUCUUCUACCUUCAAUGGAGAAGGAAGCAAGAUCCUUGUUGACUAGUAGAGCAAAAAACUGGUUGCUCUGGGAUUAUGGAAAGCUUUUGUGGGACAAAGUUUCUGUGUCACCAUAUCAACGAAAGGAAAAUGAUGCUAAUUCUGAUGAGGAAGCUGCACCCAGGGUUAUGGCUUGUUGUUGGGGCCCUGGAAAGCCAGCGAUAACUUUUGUGAUGUUGGAUUCAUCUGGAGAAGUUUUGGAUGUUCUGUAUGCGGGAUCCCUCUCGGAAGCACCAGUUUUACAAUUACAUCAGCAACGUAAGAAAAAUGAUCAGCAGCGGGUUCAGAAGUUUAUGAUGGACCACCAACCGCAUGUUGUUGUACUUGGAGCUGUGAAUUUGUCUUGUACAAGGCUUAAGGAGGAUAUUUAUGAGAUCAUCUUCAAGAUGGUAGAGGAUAAUCCUAGAGAUGUUGGUCACGAGAUGGAUAAUCUGAACAUUGUAUAUGGUGAUGAGUCUCUUCCGCAUCUAUACGAAAAUUCCCGCAUCUCAACAGAUCAGCUUCCUGGACAAGCAGGUAUUGUCAGGCGAGCUGUGGCUCUUGGGCGCACUCUUCAGAAUCCACUAGCGAUGUUUGCUACAUUAUGUGGACCAGGAAGGGAGAUAUUAUCCUGGAAACUUAAUCCUUUGGAGAGCUUUCUUACUCCUGAUGAGAAAUAUGGGAUGGUGGAAGAAGUUAUGGUGGAUGUAACCAAUCGAGUGGGUCUUGAUAUCAAUUUGGCUGCUAGUCAUGAAUGGCUGUUUGCUCCUCUGCAGUUUAUUGCUGGGCUUGGUCCUAGAAAAGCAGCAUCUUUGCAGAGGUCUUUAGUAAGAGCAGGAGCAAUUUUUACUAGAAAGGACCUACUGACUGCUCAUGGUCUUGGUAAAAAGGUGUUUGUUAAUGCAGUUGGAUUCCUGCGAGUCCGACGCAGUGGAUUGACUUCUAGCAGUAGUCAAUUUAUUGAUCUUUUAGAUGACACAAGGAUACAUCCAGAGUCCUAUGGCCUUGCGCAAGAGUUGGCCAAAGAUAUUUAUAGGGAGGAUGGCAAUGAUGAUGCAAAUGAUGAUGAAGAUGUGCUAGAAAUGGCAAUUGAACAUGUUAGAGAAAAGCCAAAUCUAUUGAGGUCAGUUGAUAUCCACGAAUAUGCUGAACAUAAGAACCGUCUGAAUAAAAAAGAAACCCUUAAUGAUAUAAGAUUGGAGUUGAUGGAAGGCUUUCAAGAUUGGCGCAUACCAUAUGUAGAACCAACUCAAGAUGAUGAGUUUUGCAUGAUUUCUGGAGAGAAAGAAGAAACGUUGUCUGAAGGAAGAAUUGUGCAAGCAACAGUUCGCAGAGUUCAAGCACAGAAAGCAACUUGUGUCCUUGAAUCUGGAUUGACAGGCUUGCUUAAUAAGGAAGAUUACACGGAUGAUUGGAAGGAUAUAAAUGAACUGACUGAUAAGUUGCGUGAAGGCGAUAUUUUAAGUUGCACUUAG